CGAGCAGUGACCGGCGGCGCGCGGUGACGUUCGUGUGGAAAAACAAGCAGCGGAGCGCUCGCUGUCCUCAAAGCAGAGAGCGACGGUUUACCGGAGGACCAAAUCCAAGAGACACGCAGUUUUAUCGCACUUUCUUAGAUUUCUCCCUAAGCCAGCCAGGGACCAUUUCAGCGAAGCAGAAGCAGACAAGUCCUUGAAGAGAUGGGUUCAGCCCCGGCGGUGUCUGUCCUGAUUUUAGGCAUCGUUAUGCCUAGCCUGGCCGGAUACAUCGAGGCGUUAGCAGCCAAUGCAGGGACGGGCUUUGCCGUGGCUGAGCCUCAGGUGGCCAUGUUUUGCGGGAAGCUCAACAUGCAUGUGAACAUCCAGACGGGUCGCUGGGAGCCAGACCCUUCAGGAACCAACACUUGCACAGAGACCAAGGAAGGAGUGCUGCGUUACUGUCAGGAGAUGUACCCUGAACUGCAAAUUACAAAUGUGGUGGAGGCCAACCAACCAAUCAAAAUCGAGAACUGGUGCAAAAAAGAGAAGAAGCAGUGCAAGGGCCAUGCACACACUGUGGUCCCUUACAAGUGCUUGGUUGGAGAAUUUGUGAGCGAUGUCCUACUGGUCCCAGAGAAGUGCAAGUUCUUCCAUAAGGAGCGCAUGGACAUGUGCGUCAGUCAUCAGCAGUGGCACGGAGUAGCCAAGGAGGCCUGUUCGAAGGGAAGCAUGGUGCUGCACAGCUAUGGCAUGCUGCUGCCCUGUGGCAUCGAUAAGUUCCACGGCACUGAGUACGUCUGUUGCCCCUCUACUCGCCCUGAGGAGCUGGCCCCACCUGCUUCUCCCUCUCAGGAGGAGGAUGAAGAGGAAGACGAGGAGGUGGAGCUUGAUGAGGAUGAGGAGGAUGAGGCUGUAGAGGAGAGCGACCCAGCAGUAGAUGAACAGCCGACCCAGAAGGAAGACACAGCAGAGGAGACAGAUUAUGAGGGUGAGGAGGAGGAUGAUGGAGAAGAGUACCAUUACAUGUAUGAGGAUGAAGAGGAAGACAGAGACAGUGAAGAGAAACGGGGAAAGAAGGACAAGGCUGCUGUAGUAGAAAACCAGGAUACUGACAAAUCUCUACAAGAAGUCAAAGCUGUGUGUUCCCUGGAGGCAGAGACGGGCCCCUGUCGUGCCUCUAUGCCACGCUGGCACUUCGAUAUGCGCCAGAGGAAGUGUGUACGCUUCAUCUACGGAGGCUGCGCCGGCAACCGCAACAACUUCGACUCGGAGGAGUACUGCAUGGCCGUGUGCAAACGCCUGACCGCACCCCCCACCCCCCAGCCCACAGAUGACGUGGAUGUGUACUUUGAGACUCCGGCUGAUGAUAAAGAGCACAGCCGCUUCCAGAAGGCCAAGGAGCAGCUGGAGAUCAGACACCGCAACCGCAUGGAGAGGGUGAGGAAAGAGUGGGAGGAGGCUGAGCGUCAGGCCAAGAAUCUGCCGAAAGCAGAGAGACAGACCCUGAUCCAGCAUUUCCAGGCUAUGGUGGAGUCUCUGGAGGAGGAGGCCGCCAGUGAGAAGCAGCAGCUAGUGGAAACUCACCUGGCACGGGUGGAGGCAAUGCUGAAUGACCGCCGCCGUUUUGCUCUGGAGAACUACCUUGCUGCUCUGCAGGCUGACCCACCCAAGCCCCACCGUAUUCUGCAGGCUCUGAAGAGGUAUGUGCGUGCAGAAAAUAAGGACCGGCAACACACCAUCCGCCAUUACCAGCAUGUGCUUUCAGUGGACCCCGAGAAGGCUACCCAGAUGAAGUCCCAGGUGAUGACCCACCUGCGUGUGAUUGAGGAGAGGAUGAAUCAGAGCCUGUCUCUGCUCUAUAAGGUUCCCUACGUUGCAGACGAAAUCCAAGGAGAGAUUGAUAAUCUUCUCCAGGAGCAGAAGGCAGAUAUGGAUCAGUUCAUGUCCUCUAUUUCUGAGUCUCAGCCUGAUGUGACAGUGUCCUCAGAGGAGAGCAGAGAGGUCCCAGCGUUUGAAGGCAGUCUCUUUCACCCCUUCAAGGUCAACACCCUGGGCUCACGGCCUGAACCUGAGGGCGAUCUCUCUGAACCCCCACGCGCCUUCAAGAAAGGCUCUGGAAUGAACAGUCUGGAUGGUCUGAUUGGUGCUGAAGAGCGGGUCAUCAACAGCAAGAACAAAAUCAACGACAAUGCGGUGAUUGAUGAGACUAUGGAUGUUAAAGAAGUGAUUUACAGUGCUGAAAAAGUCAGCGUUUUGAAUGGUGUUGAUCCUCUGUUCAGUCGUGGAGGGGACCAGGAGACAUUCCGCCCCCUGGGUGAGGAGUUUAGCUUUGGAAGCAGUGCUCUGAUUGGCUUGCUGGUGAUUGCAGUGGCCAUAGCAACUGUGAUUGUGAUCAGUCUAGUGCUGCUGAGGAAGAGGCAAUAUGGCACUAUCAGCCAUGGCAUUGUGGAGGUUGACCCUAUGCUGAGUCCUGAGGAGCGUCACCUGAGCAAGAUGCAAAACCAUGGCUAUGAGAACCCCACCUACAAAUACCUGGAGCAGAUGCAGAUCUAGCCUGGGCCAUCAGGGGGCGCUAUGGGGCCACAGAAUGGUGAACAUACUACUGACCAAUAAUAAAACUGCUCUCUUCAAAUCGUUUCAUGUAUGAGAGGUGCAUAUUCUGAUUCAUUAAGAAACAAAACAUGGUUUAAAACUGCUACUACUUCUACUACUGCUACUGCUGUACCAUGGAGCUCUGUUUUGCUCAUUUACUUUCUUCUUUUAAAAGGCGAUGUAUCAAAACUUUUAAAUAUGAAAAACCUGAUUCUGAAUUCAUCAUCAAUAAUUGAAAAUUCCGCGUGGAAUAAUUUCAGUUUUCUUAUUUCAAAUUUUUGGAAGCGGUAUACAGAUCAAGUAAAUCGUACUGAAAUACACAUGAGUAGAAUCAACAAUCAGAACAAAGACACUCGCAUUUCUUUCAACCAUCGCCAUGAUCCAUGACUGUCUAAUAUACAAUCUUUUUUGUUUCUUUUUAAUAGAUUGCUUGUAUAUGAAGGUUAUUUGUACCAACCUAAAUGUAUAGUGAAUCGAACUGAGAAAAUAUGAUAACUGAAAUGAUUUAAUUUACUUUCUAUUGUUUAUUAUUACAAACAAAUGAUAAAUAUAUGAGUAUAAAGUAGAUGUUCUAUAUCCUCUUGAGUUUUUCAGGACUUGCUGCCUGGGAUGCUAGUUUUAAGCUUUGAGAUUAAGGGAUCAUUUUGGUUGGUCCAAAUCUCUGAUGCUAUCACCUGUAUGACAUAUGCAAAACUGUUAAGUGGUCUAUUGACUGGUGGAUGAUUAAAGCGUGGAUCCCUGAAGAUGUUUUGAUGUAAAUGUUAAAAGAUCACAUCAACUGGGAUGUUUGGUGAUAGCCCCACCUGUUUGGACUAAUUAAAAGGUGCCCUUUUUUAAGAUUGUGAUUAUUUGGGGGGAUUGUACUUGGACUGAGGCAUAGAGGGACAAGACUAGAGGCCUCCAGUUUCCCAUAUCUAAUGAUACUUUAAAAUGAAUGUUAUUGACCCUCCACAUGUGUGUACACACACACACACACACACACACACACACGUGUCAUAAUGGUAAUAUGGACCAUAUUGACUUUUUGUGAUUGAAUAGCUGAAGCCAUGGCUUUGCCCCAACUCAUCAUUGAGUACUGCUUAAAUUGCAGUCUUUUGCACAGCAAAUCAGGCAUUUGUUCAAAACUGUGUGGUCUCUGAGGACGGCUGUUUGGAAGGUGUACAGCUAGCUAAAAACAGCAUCAUGAUGGGACCUCUGUGCUGGAGGCCAGGGCAGUGCAUGGAGGAACUUCACAUUGAAAGCAAAACUUGUGUAUCUCUACAAGACACACAAAAAAAUCAACAUUGAAUCAUCUGGGUUUAUUUCUCUCUUAGUAAUGUCUUUGUAUGCCUGUAUAGUUGAUGUUGCAAUCAUGGCUUUUAUGGAGGACAACCUGUGGUGUGCUUUGUUCUUAUAUAAAAUGAUACGAUAUAUAUAUAUAUUUUUAAGUUUGUUGUUUUUCUAUUUCUUUCCUCUUCCUGUGACAGUAUUUCUGUACGUGACUGUCUCACUAUGCACCCAAAUGGCUUCGAUCUUGAACCUUGUAAUUGCCUGCUUGAUUGUGGGAUGGCUUGGAAAGGUAAAGGGAGACUAAUAUAAGAUGCAUAUAUUAGUAGUAAAUAUGAUCGACUCCUAUGGAAAUGGCUUUAUGGUUACAAGCGGGAAACACAUCAAUAAACUCACUACUUCCAUG